UGGAGACAUAUACACUACUCCCAACACACACCCAUACACACACACAGCAUGCUAUAAAUACUGGCCCUCAGUCUCAGCCCCUCACACCCACACACACACACACACACACACACACACUCACAUCGUCAUGAUGGAUCAGUUAAGCAGCACCAGUGUGAGACUCAGGAAAGACAGAGCUAUGGAGAGAGAGAUGGAGACAGAGGAGAUGAAGGGAGACAUGGGGACUAAGGAGGGUGCAGAGAACCGGUUGGCCAAUGGAGAUGCAGCCAUGAAGAGCAACGGAGUAGCAGAGACCGAAAAGUCUGAGGUGAUGGAGCUGCCACCGUUCCAGAUCAUCACAGGGGACAGAAUCGACCCCUUCUUCUUCAAGUUCCAGUAUAAAAACGUGGAAUAUUCUUCUGGUCGGAACAAAACCUUCCUGUGCUACCUGGUGAGCGAGGUGCACGGUGCAGGUCAGGAGGCUAUACUGCGUGGUUAUGUGGAGGAUGAACACAGUGGCAGCGAUCAUGCAGAGGACGCCUUCUUCCGUCUGGUGCUGCCUGGCUACGAGGCCUCCGCCCGCUACAGCGUCACCUGGUACGUCUCCUCCAGCCCAUGUCCCUCCUGUACAACAAAACUGGCUAAGAUUCUGCAAGAGCGCCAAUCGCUGCGCCUCACCAUAUUCUCAGCCCGUCUGUUGGAGUGGGAGGAGCCAGAGGUGAGGGCGGGGCUGAAAGCACUCGCGGGGGCAGGCUGUAAGCUGCGCAUGAUGAAACCGCUGGACUUCUCGUACACGUGGGACACGUUUGUGGAACAGGGAUGGGCAGACCGCUGUGGAUCUCAGGGGAGAGACCGGCGGUCAGGGAAG